ACACAGCCUGUCAAUUUGAAGAUUAUAUUUGUGAGUGUGUGGGUGUGUGUGUAUGUAUAUGAAGUCUUUUUUUGUUCAGUUCAUUUUUGCAUUUGCGAAAAGGAAAUAGGAGAUUCAGAACAAGACCAGGAGGAGGUCAUCAAUUAAACGCUGACGAAUAACACGGGUGCAGUUAAUUUCACUGGGGUUUAGACACCACAUUGAAAACAGAUGUAAAUAAAUACAUGUGCAGAUGCGUUAAUUGGUGUCUGCAAAAUAUAUUUUAUAUACUGGGUGUCUUUCAGAACGUCUGGGCUUUAUACAUGAGUUUCAUGACCAUAAUUUGAGAAUGAGAUACAAAGUUAGUGAGUGUUUUAGGACACGUCAAGGACAAAUCCCGAAUUCUCUGUACUGUUUCAUUGUGAUACAAGAAAUCACCAGAAAACGGAGACAUUUCUGUCCUCGUGGUUCCCAGGGGCUUAUGAAUAGUUGCUGUUUUCCAUUUAAUUGACGGACAUUCGACUUUUGACUGCUGUUAAAUCUCUUAUGAAAAUACAAAACUGUUAUUAAAGAGGGAUCCAUGGUGAUGGUGGGUGACUUUGAUACAACAUGGUUCAUCAGUUACUGUCGGUGAUUCCACAGGUCACGUUUUGCACUGACGCGCCGCCAUCGCAGACUUUUCCUGGACUCCUGUCAAGCUUGUGUUGACAUGGUCCUUUUCUUCCGGAGACGGAAGUUAUUAAUGGGAUUCCUCUCUCCUGUGCAACACCUGAGGGCAGUCGGACAGUGAGCCGCGGGGCGUCUGCAGGCUGGAUGGACAGCAUGUCUCCACAGCAGCAGCAGCAGCAGGACAGCCUGAGCCGAGGCGGCGGGCAGCAAGACAACAAACGGCGGAUGAAGUCUCAGAGUUACCGUCGCCAGUCCGCCCCGUCUCUGGUCAUCACCAAGGCUCUCACCAGGUCCAAGACUCUCUCCAGAGAGAGCUUCCUGGUUCCUGUGUGCCCAGAGACCUGCCCGUUGGUCCAGUCCUUCCUCGCCAACUCCGAUAGGUCGUUUCUUCUCCACGGACAUGCUCAGCUCAAGACCGGGAUGCAGACGCAGGACCGACACCUCUUCCUGUUCACUGACAUACUGGUGAUGGCCAAAGCCAAAUCAGCCAACCACUUCAAGCAGAAGGCCCAGGUGCGCGUGUGUGAGAUGUGGACGGCAGGCUGCGUGGACGAGGUGUGUGAGGGAAGCAUGAACCCCGAGAGGAGCUUCGUCGUGGGCUGGCCGACCUGCAACUACGCCGCCACGUUUAGCUCUGCAGAACAGAAAGAGAAAUGGCUCGCCGCCCUCAAAAGUCGGAUAAAAGCAGAGAAGGAGCAGGAAGAACCUAAAACCAUUCCACUGAGAGUGUACGGGAAGGGGAUCAAUACUUUUGCUGUUACCAAGACGCUCCCGGUCAGCAACUCGGAUUCAACCAAUGAGGUCGUCCGACUGGCCCUGCAGCAGUUCAGCGUCAUAGGAAACGUGAAGGACUUCCAGCUGUGGGUCAUCUCUAAGAGAGACAACGUCCCGUAUCCUCUCAUCGGUCAUGAGUUUCCCUUCAGUAUCCAGAUGAGUCAUGUGAGACACACGACGUCUCAGGGAGGCGAUGGCAGCGGCAGGGAUGCUGCUGCACCACCCGCGGACAGACAGGUGGCCACGCAGGUGGAGCAGCUUCAAGUGUACAAGCAGUGCCAGUUCAUCCUGAAACCUCGACCCGCCGAAACGCUGCCCUUGUCCGCAGAGUUGUCUCAGAAGCCAUUUAAAAGGAGGCGUUCGCUCAUCACCUGGGCCUUCUGGCGAGGCUCCUCCCCUCACCUGAACGAGCCGUCCCUCGGGGCGGCCCGCGGCUGCCUGUUUGGCCAGCCGCUCAGCUCCGUUUGCGUAGAGGACGCUCUGCCGAAGCCCGUCAUGGACAUGCUGACGUUUCUGUACCACGAGGGUUCAUGGACGCGGGGGAUUUUCCGUCGCCCGGCAGGGGCUCGGGCCGUCAGGGAGCUGCGGGACAGUCUGGACAGCGGAGAGUUUCAACUUCCUCUGACAAGAGACCACGUUUUUAUCAUUGCUGGAGUCUUCAAGGAUUUCCUGCGCAGCAUCCCAGGCAGCUUGCUGUGCUGUGAGCUGCAUGAAGAAUGGAUGGAUGUGCUGGAGGAAGAAGAGGAGGAGGAAGAACAAGUGCAGGACAUAAAGAGGAUGAUUUGUCGCCUGCCCAAAGAUAACGUCCUGCUGCUACGCUACCUGUUGGCCACGCUGAACGGCAUUCAGGGCAACGCCCAGGAGAACCAGAUGACGACUUUCAAUUUAUCAGUGUGCAUCGCUCCCAGCAUGCUCUGGCCUCCCGGAGCGCCUUGCAGCCCUGAGGUGGAGGGAGAAGGAACUAGGAAGGUCUGCGAGCUGGUGAAGUUCAUGAUCGAGCACUGUGAGCAGAUUCUGGGAGAGGAUCCAUCCUCCCUGUUCGGAGGGCCACCGCAGAGGCUGAACAGCGAUGACGUGGGAUCAGACUCCUGGCUGUACCCUCUGACCGACUCAUCCUACGACAGUCUAGAGAACGAGCUGGACAACGGCAGCGGCGGAUCUCCGGGUUUCAGCAGCAGGAGGCACCUUAGACCCAAACCACUGCAAGGCAGCCUGGACUCCAUCCUCACGUUCAGCGACUACGACCAAGACACCGACCCAGAUACGCACCAGACCGAAAGCGACAGCCCCAGCGGCCCGAACUUACGUCCGCUGGGGAGAAGCAGAGGCAGGAGACAGGACACGGGCAUCUCCCGCCCCAGCCAGAAUGCCCAGACCGCCGACACCUCCUCCACCCUGGACUCCCCGGGCCCGGACGGUCCGCACAGACGGCGGCGGCGCUCGGAGCCGGCUAUAGCCUACGUGGCCAAGUUUGGGCCACGUGUUUCGGGAAGUUCCGACGGUCUCACCGGUGAGGACGAAGAAGAGGUUUCCGAGAAGCCGAGCGGCCACGUGCUCGCACGCUCACAAGGCGAGACCGCGUCGACCCUGCCCGGCGUGAGGUCAGCAGCUCUGGAAGCGAGCUCCUCCAGCCUCUCCUCCACCCCCAACUCCCCCGCACCAACGCGCUAUUCCCUGGACUCUCCUGACUCCCUGAGCAGCGACCACAAUCGGACAACCAGACGGGGACUUCGCCCGACCAAGCCGCGGCCGCCCUCCGGCGGACAGGCGGACCCGGAGACAUGUGCGAAAGGCUCCGAACCCAAAGAACCACUCAACUGGGGGAACUUGAAAGGCUGCCGAGGCCUCCACCCAAACUCUUGGCUGAAGAAAGGCCGGAGGCUGUCGCUGACCCAACAGGACAACUCAGAGAGGGAAGAAGAAGCCAAGACCGAGGGAGGAGCCACAGAUAAGUCGCUCACUCUUGGGAAAGCCGUCCCAGAGAGGGGAAAAGGGAAAGCGGUCUCGAGCAACCAGUCCAAGCUCAACUCAUCCAGAACCUCCAAAGAUGCAGGGGAAGGAGGGGGUCACGCAGGGGGGAGGCCAGGCCAGGAGUCCAGCAAGUCCCGACAACUUAAACGGGACUCCUCGAGCCCUCCUUUCCACCACUGCUCCACAGGGAGCCUCCAACUUCCAAAGUCCUCCUGGUUCCAUUCGUCAGACUCCCUGCUCAGUGACGUCCAUGCCAACACCGGGGGCGGCACCGCCAACCACAGGUGUGCAGCAGGAAGUGAAGCCAGUGAGCUGAAGCAGCCAUCGCCAUCUCUGUUUUACAGGAUGAGCGGGCCAUCUCUGUCUCUGUUCAAGCAAAGCAAGUCUCGCUCCACGGAGGAGCAAUGCAACGCCGGGCCGUACCAGCGCCGGGGGUCGGAACCCGGGCGGCAGGUCGCGGAACGAGCCUUCACCCGAGCGAGGCUGCCCAGCGACCCGGGACUGAAAGUUACCGAGGUGGACUCGCCGGCGGGGACGACGGAGUCCCGCUUCUGCCUCUCGCCCUACGCCACCAAAGCGGUGCGGGACUACUUCUCCUCUCACCCGUGCAGCAACCCCCAGAGCAGCCAGCAGGUGGCGCUCGCCCUGGUGGAGAGUCGCCGGGAGUGGCUGAAGAGAUGCACCGACCCCACGGCGGAACCAGACUUUGACCAGCUUCUGUUCGCCGAAGAGUCCUACGUCUGACUGUGAGCAACACAAAUCACACCGCCGCUUCCGACAUAGCCGCCGUACGCACCACCUCAAAGGCGGCCGCUUUUCACUCGUUCAUCAGACAUCGUAGUAGUUUGUCGCGAGACUAGCUUUAAACUUUGCGUAGAGCUUAUUGCCAUUAAGGGAAUGAACAUUUUUGCUUGAAUGUCCUCAAGACUAGAUGUACGCAUGCGGAAAGAAUACAGCUUUGUGACCUUGUUUAAGUUGAAGUAAUGCAUUUAUUACAGAGUAAGCAGAUGCAUUGUCAUUGAAAUCAGGCCAAAGUUGAAACCUGCCAAUUAAAGUGACCUGCUGUUGCCUUUUGUUCACCUUGAACAAUUGCUGUAAUUUGUGCAAAUGUGUUACGUGACAGCUAAUUUAAGGAGUUAAUGUUUUUGUUAUUUUUUGUCUUCAGAGCAGAAUUAUGUUAGGAUCCAAGCAGUUUUACGGCACACACUGUAAAGGUUGUGAAACAGAUUAGAUGAUGGGCAAGCCUGACAGCAAGGUUCAAUAACUAAUCAAUCAUAGUUAACAGUGAUUAUCACAUAGGAUGCUUGAUAGAGGCAGCCACUUUACACAGCUGGUAGUCGGCUAAACGACAGUCACCGUUUUCCUGCAUGGGUACUUAAUAAGAACAUUAAUUUCCUACGUAAACAACAGCUUAUGUAAUGGUUUAAACAAUCGUAAUUAUAGCUUAGGUGGAGAGCCGUCAGUUCAUGUUACUGUUAGCAUCUAUGCAAUAUGAUCCAAAUUUACACAAGUUGAAUUAAGAUCUUUAUUUGCAGUUUAAAUGGGAAUUGUUGAGAGUGUCCUGAACAACAUUAGUAUUAUUUGCCAAGUGUAGUCUUUGGAGGUACGUCACUUAAAUUCCACGUGAUCCCACACAUAGGUGCAGAAGCUCCAUUUGUCAGUGUGAUCCUCGUUUUCCAUGUGUUGCCAAUAAUGUGGUGUCACUGAGGCCUGUAUUGAUUUGAACUUGUCUCGUGCGUCCUGUGCUAAUAUUUCUGCUAUGUAAACAUAACCCCUGGAGGGGAAACAACACGUUCAUGUUUAAGCUCUUUAUGUUUUGCAGCUAUAAUCUUUGUUUAAAUCGGCCACUUUAUUAUAUUGUGUCUGCCUCCUUUCUAUAUAUCUAAUUUGUUAAUACGCGUAAAAAUCUGCAUUUGCUAAUAAAGACAUAUGAUUGACAAUGUGA